UUUGUGUCACUCUGCAGCUCAUGCUCUCUCACCUCCACCCUCUGCUCCUCCAAACACUCGGCUGGGGCUCAACUCAGCUCUCCACCUCUUCAUCGUUGCCUUACUUUGCUCAUAAUCUGUCUCACAUCAGCCUUUGUUGUUCUCCUCUUCCUCCAGACAGGGACUGAUGACAACAUGGAGAACAACCACACCUUCCUUUACUUUGCUUAUGGUAGCAACCUGCUGAAGGAGCGGCUCCGGCUCAAGAAUCCCUCUGCGACAGUACACUGUGUGGCCAGGCUCAAGGACUAUAAAUUAGUUUUUGGGAACCAUAAAGGCCUUGCCAGUGACCGGUGGCAUGGAGGUGUGGCUACCAUAGAGCACAGCCCAGGAGACGAGGUCUGGGGUGUGGUGUGGAGGAUGAAUAUGUCUGAUCUGGAGUCUCUAGACAGUCAAGAGAAUGUGACGUUAGGUGCAUACAGUCCUGUGGAGCUAUCAGUGAAGACAAAAGGUCAGGAGCUCAACUGUCGUACUUACAUAAUGAACAGCUGUGUGUAUGCCCCACCAUCGCCUCAGUACCUACAGGUGAUUGUGAUGGGAGCAGAACAGAACGGCUUGCCAAAGGACUACCAGGAGAAACUGCGAGCAAUCAAGACCAACAUGUAUGAAGGUCCCCUACCCAUGUUGGCUGAACUGGAGCAAGUCAGAAGAAGAGCCAAAGAGAGGGCCAAGCAUCGUUCUGAUGCCUAAUCAUCCAGCAGAACCCUGGUCCACUAUUUACUAUAGGAACAUCUUUGUGACACUGUAUUGACCCUAACACUGUAGUUGAACAACUUCACCUUAACUAGCUGGUUUGUCUUAGAGAUAAUCUUACUUCCAGCUGCAGGGUCUGUAAGUAAAAAUGUGACCCAUGUCAAUGAGUGAUAGAAUACAGGAAUACAGCAGUGAUGGGUCUGUGGUCUAACUUGAGCUGCCUAUGCAGGUAAAAAUAAUAGAUGCCUGUAGACAGAGAUGUGACAGGGACAAAUUAAAGGAAAAACCAAUUCAAUUCAA